AUGGCCAAAGCUUUCGGUGAUAAUAUAGCGGAGAAAUUUGAAUCAGUGCCACAUUCACAUCAAACCAUACAAAAAAGGAUUGCUAUGGGUGAGCAAGUAGAAAAAUCUAUGCUUAGCCUGGUUAAGAAAAGGUCAUAUUUCUCACUUUGUUUGGAUCAAAGCACUGAUCAAACCGAUGUUAGUCAGCUGUUAAUAUUUGUGCGCACUACUUUUGAUGAUUUUACCAGUAAAGAGGAGUUAUUUGAUAUUUGUCCUCUUUAUGGAACAACAAAAGGAAAAGACAUCUAUGAGGCUGUGAAGAAAACAGUUGACAGAAUUGAACGCUUUGAUAAAUGUUCAGCCAUAGCAACAGUCGGGCCCCAUCAAUGA